CUCAAAGCUCCAUAUUCUUGUUACGAUUAAAGAAAAUUAGCAAGCUUUUCAUUGAUAACUAUAAAGGAAAUCAAGGAGAAUGACCCUCGAUUGGUGUUUGAGGGACAAAGGUGGAAAACACCCUAAUACAGUGAAAAGAAGGAUGACUACCAAUGAAGAGACUAUUGAACAUGUUAAUAUGGAUACAAAUGACAGCAUACCUGAAGAGUAUACAACUGGAAUUGAUAGCAUCCGUGAAGAGUAUGCAGCUGGAGUUGAACAUGAAGUGUUUAAUGAUGAGCCAAAGGGAACAUCUUCUACUUUUGCAGCUUUAUCACCUAUUAUACCUAGUCCACAAUUACAAAAUAAUACACCAAGACCAAGUCAAUACAAGCUACAUCUACCACUGUUACACAACCCACUCCUCCAGAUGUUAGAAAGCAGCAACCUAAGGGAAAUAAAUAGUUCAAGCCUCUUAUACAAGCCAAAACCCAAACACAGAAGCAUAUACAGAACACUGGUGCUAGUACAAAGAAGAAUGCAACUGAUGCAGAAAAAGGCAAACAAAAGCUUGAUGCUGGUGCUUCUAAAAAGAAGAAAGUUUGGAUGCCUUUUGAUUUUGGAGGAAACUCUACACUAAAAAUUGGAAAGAAGACCUAAAUAUCUUGAAUUUGAUCAUGUGAUUUGGACAAAGAUUUAUGGGAUUCCACCAAUAUGGGCUUUUUUAUGUAUUUAUCAUUAUUAAAUACUAUUUUUUUUUGUCUCCUUUACUAUGGUUGUGGUAUUAACUUUUUUGACUAUGCAGUGUUUAAUGGUCCUGCAUAGACAGGACUGUGUGUUGGAUAUAUGUUAUUGUCAUUCUUUUGUAAUGUCUAAUACAAUAGUGCACAUGAAUCCAACACACCCUAUUUUAUUUGUAAACUCAUAUUCAAGUAAUGAUGAGUAAUUAUUUUUGCUAGUUGUAGCAUAUAUUUUAUUCAUUAUUCUUUUAAUCCUAAUGUUUGUUUUUAUUUCCUUUACUAUUUUUUACAUAGAUA